CAUAUAGACCUUACGUUAUUACAGGUAAUCACAGAAUCCCCUGCAUUGUUAAUUAUUAUCAUUAUUAAAAUGUAUUUCUGACAGUCACUUAUAUUAAUUGUGGUCAGCUCCAGGCUCUGCAUUUCCAUUGGAUGGCACCGCGCGUAAAAUGUCCCAAGCACAGAUUAAGACAUAAAUACUGCGUGUGUAUCAUGGGAAAACACAAAAACGACAUAAAAAUAAACACCAAUCUCACAUGUAGAGUUGUGUGCGCAGUGUGUCUUUUACAGGCGCUGACAGGUCACAGUUUGACGUUAUUCUGUGACGGGAGGUCAAACGGUGGCUCUGUGGCUCAGAGGACGAGCAUUGAACAGUAACGUGGUGGUACAUCCUAGUGGCGGCUAAAAGCAUUGGGCUGAACCUCUGCUUGGGGGUUAACUCAAACACACACACAGAGAGAGAGCGCAGUCCCUCUCUGUCUCUGCCUCUCUCUCUCUCCCUCUCUCACUCACUCCCUCAUACACACACACUCACGCAGGGACACACGCGUGCGCGCAGAGCCCUGUCCAGCGCCGAGAGACCGACAUCGCGACUAGGCUUCCAGAACACAACUUCCAACUGAACCCAAGACCAGAGUCAAAGGCUGAAGUUCACUUUUUUAUUGGGAAAAUAAGCCUCGUCUGUUGCGUUCGGUUCCCGGAGAACCCAGGUUUGAGGAGGGCGAAAAGGCGAAGGCGCAACCCGGGGGGAUAAAUCCCAGGGACGGGAAGAAGGAGGAGGAAAAGGAGGAGGAGAACGUCAACGCGACCCACGACACCGAGGCGUCAUUUCUUUCUUUUUUCUGGGACAGAUGAGUUUUCACCCACAUUGACUUUUGUUUCAUUGACAAAAGAAAAAGGAGACUUUUUUCCACUGUGGCACCGCUUUAUCGAAAAACGCGCAUUAAACUUUAAACAGCAAGAAAAACAAAAAGUGUUAAACCGUCAAACUUCAUCUCAUUCAGACUGCGUCUACUUUUUGACUAAACUCUUUUUGGGAAAAGAGCCAAACUGUGUGUAUUUUGAUUGGAAGAUGCCCAUGAAGACAACUUCACCCGUCCCACAGACUGUAAACACCGCCCGGUGAGGAAGGAGGUGCGUGAGGGGAAAAAAAAAAGUUACCGAGAGAGAAAAGUGCCAAGACCUGAGGGAGGACUCGGAGGUGGCGUUACUGUGAGAAGACAGUUGUAGGAGCAGAAGUUCGGGUGAGAAAGGCCGGAGUGAUGAAGACUGCUGGCUUUCCUGGUGAAGAAGCGCAGCAGCGUUGAAAGUCAGUGCGCCUUUGGUGACAGGAGAGGAAAAAAAGAAGGAGACGAUCCCCACUUGACGACCCCCCCGUGAGCCGGGCAUAACAAGGGAGUUGGUGUGUUGUUGGGGGGGGGGAGAGGCUGAUAGUAAAAAGAGAGAAAAGAGACGGAUAAAGUCUGAGAGUGGAGCGGGCUAAUUGCUCCGUCCUUCCCUCAUUACCAUAUCCAAUGCGCGUCCGCUGGACUUAAGCCAAACCUCCCCACCUUCACACGGUGCCAUUAAUCGCCGGGGCAUUAUUCACUAUCAUAAUUAUUAUACCGACAUGCGCAAUCCAACGCACAGUAACAGCAGCGGCAGCAGCAACACAAGAAGAAAAAGCAGCAGCAGCAGCACCGGCUAAUUUCAGAUAUUUUCUCCUCUCUCUCCUCCACCUUCGCUGCCCCCUCUGUCUCUCUGCGUUCAGACUAUUUACGAACUUUUUGCGGGUGUGUGAAUUGAUUCAUUCGCUCUUCGCUGAUGUAUCUGCAAAACGCAGAGACAUCUCGGGGCGCAGCAGCAUCAGCAUCAUCAUCAUCAUCAACAUCAUUGCCAGCACCGACACCACCACCGCCGCAUCCAGCAGCAGCAUGUCCCGACGCAAGCAAGCCAAGCCGCAGCACCUCAAGUCGGACGAGGAUCCCGCACUAGUCGGUGUGAUUUCCGAGCACGCAUGGGAGAAACGGGGGAAAGGAGAGACAGAAAACAGACAGAACACACAGAAUGUCCUUACUGAGGCUCAAGGUGAUGUGUUGGAGGAUGCCGACAGCGGGAACGAGAGCCGCAGCGGCAGUGAAGAGACCCAUAUUUGUGAGAAGUGUUGUGCUGAAUUCUUCAAGUGGUCAGACUUUUGUGAACAUUUAAAGAGCUGCACCAAAAAUCCUUUGGUUCUUAUAGUGAAUGACAAUGAGGACACACCUAACUCCUCUCAAGAGUACCCUACCGAGCCUUCCCCUGUACCAAGCUGCCCCAGUGAGCAGGAUGAUAGUGAGGACCCCAGGGAGGGGAACCACAGUCCUGCUGCUGAGGGGGACGACAUCCCCGACACAGACACAACCUUGAAUGGGGUCAGUGUCCUAGAAAAGGAGGAUGAGCAGAUGGAGCUCGAGCUUUCUCCCGAAAAAACUAUGGAUACUGAAGAGAGAGACUUGACAUCCCCUGAGCCAGACAGUUCCCUACCUCAGCUCAAUGAUGUCAUUCCCUCCGCUAUUAGAAACUAUGCCAUGCCUAGCACCAAUGUAACCCUGGAGACGCUGCAUGGCACACGAGUUGCAGUGGCCCAAUUUUCACAGAGCAUAAGGGCAGCAGCAGGUAGUGGUGUCUCCACCAUGGCCAUUCCAAUGAUCCUGGACCAGCUGAUGGCCCUGCAGCAGCAGCAGAUACACCAGCUGCAACUGAUAGAGCAAAUACGCAGUCAGGUGGCUCUGAUGAACAGACAGUCUGCUCCACAGCCGGCUCUUAAUCACCAUCACAGCAAUGCUUCUGGAAACCAAGGGCCUAUAUCCUCCUGUGCCCCCCCUGUCGCCAGUCAACUGCAGCUACACAACUUCAUCACUCCUCCUGUCCAUCAGCUGCCUGUUAGGUUGCCAGCGACUAUUAACGGUCAAGGCUCCUCACCUUUGACCACCACAAUAGAGGGCCCUCUCUCUCAAGCAUCACAAAGUAGCAGCCAGCAGUCGAGCUCUUCGGUCUCUAACACAUCCUCAAAUAACUCAGUGUUUUCCCAUCCCAGUGUUACUGGUUUGUCAUCUCUAAUUCCCUCAUGCUCCUCGUCGGUCCCAAACAACAACAUUACCACUAGCAGCAGUGUAACCGGAGGUGGUGGCAUUAGCAGCAGCUCCACUCUUCCCAGGAACUCCACCACCCCUCCCUCACUUAGCCACAAUAGCCUCCUGAGCUCUGCCUCUAAUCUACCAUUGAUACCUCACAGUUCAUCCAACAGUGUUAUCUUCCCCAACCCUCUGGCCAGCAUAGCAGCCACAGCUAAUGCACUCGACCCCCUCUCUGCUCUGAUGAAGCACCGUAAAGGAAAGCCCCCAAAUGUGUCUGUGUUUGACACAAAGCCUAGCUCUGAAGACCCCUUCUUUAAGCAUAAGUGUCGUUUCUGCGCCAAAGUGUUUGGCAGUGACAGUGCACUACAAAUCCAUCUGCGAUCCCAUACUGGGGAGAGGCCGUUCAAGUGUAACAUAUGUGGAAACCGUUUCUCAACCAAGGGGAAUCUGAAAGUUCACUUCCAGAGGCACAAAGAAAAAUACCCACACAUUCAAAUGAACCCCUAUCCUGUGCCCGAGUACCUGGACAAUGUACCGACCAGCUCAGGCAUCCCGUACGGCAUGUCUUUACCCCCAGAAAAACCUGUGACUACGUGGCUAGACAGCAAACCUGUCCUCCCUACUGCUCCCACUUCAGUUGGGCUCCAACUGCCUCCCACACUGCCAAGUAUGAUGGGGGGUUUUGGGGAAUCUCCAAACCUUACUCCACUUAAUAGAUCUCCUCAAAGGCCAUCUCCACCUUCAAGUGAGUGUGCAUCGUUAUCUCCCAACAUCAUCACUGACUCCAGCAGGACCACAACUUCACCUUCCCCAAAACCCUGCAUAGGAGUUGAUGCUCCUCCUCUCUUGAAACCUGAAGGUGUUCUCCUACCACCAAGCUGCUCAACCAGGCCAGGAGAAAGUACCACUACCACAUCUACAGUUACCCAAGUUGUUUUUUCUACAACUUCCACUUCCACCACUUCUUCCAGCAGCAGUCGGCUAACUGAAGGAAUUGCUAGUCCAAACUCUAUUUCUAACUCCAUCUCUCAUCCUGUCCUUCCCAUGCUUUCAGACCAGUUCAAGGCCAAGUUUCCUUUUGGUGGCCUCUUGGACUCUAUGCAAACCUCAGAAACAUCAAAGUUGCAGCAGCUUGUUGAAAAUAUUGACAAGAAAAUGACUGACCCUAACCAGUGCGUCAUCUGUCAUCGUGUUUUGAGUUGCCAGAGUGCUUUAAAGAUGCACUAUCGUACACAUACUGGUGAAAGACCAUUCAAAUGCAAGAUUUGUGGGCGGGCAUUCACAACAAAGGGAAAUUUAAAAACCCACUUCGGUGUCCAUAGGUCCAAACCCCCACUUCGGGUUCAACACUCCUGCCCUAUUUGUCAGAAAAAGUUCACCAAUGCUGUUGUGUUGCAGCAGCACAUCCGUAUGCACAUGGGAGGGCAAAUCCCAAACACCCCAGUCCCAGAUACCCUUCAGGAGAUGGAAACUGAUCUGUCCUUUGAUGAAAAGAGCCUUGAUGCGAUGAGUAAUUAUGACGAUGAUCUGCUUGAUGAAAUGGAGCAAGCUAUUGAUGACGAACCUGACCUAAAAGAGGGAGAAGUCGACCCAUUGAAACCCUAUUCACCUGGCAGCUCCCCACCAACUUCGAUCAUCUCUAGCAUAGCUGCAAUGGAGAACCAGAUGAAGAUGAUCGACUCCACUGUCAAUAUGACCCGUUCGUUUGGGCAAAAGCCCACGCAAAAUGGCAGCAGCUUCGGCAUAGAAAAUGAAUGCUUUACGACCGAUUCGCUGUCUGCAGUGGGAGACGCUGAAGGUCAAAGCUUGGGAAGCCCCGCUUUGUCUGAGUCCUCUGGCUCUAUGCAGCAUUUGUCCCCAGCUCACAGCCACUCCGAGAGCCAGCAGUCCAAAUCCCCAGCUACACUCAACAACAACAGCACCAGUGCCAUGACAGCAGAGGAGGGCCUGGAGAACAAUACAACCGGCUUGGCAAUAGUGAAGUCAGAAAAAUCAGAGACCCCAUCUCCUCUCUCUGCUCCUGAAGGCACAGGGGCCCUUGAUCUGACUGCCACUCAACAUGGCAGGCACUUCAUCAAGGAGGAGGGCCACUUCAACAUGCUGCUGCUGAAUAGAGAUCGAGGGCUUGGCACUCCAAAUUUGGCCAGCACUGCUUCAAACAUGAUCAAAAUGGAAAUGAAUGGACACAGCAAAGCAAUGUCUCUAAGUGACAACUCUCACCUUCCUGUAAGCAUCCAGGUUCCAGCUGCCACCCCACAGACCACCAUGAGCCCCAGCAUUAACCCCAUGCUGGCUCCACCACCUCCACGACGCACCCCUAAGCAGCACAACUGCCACUCGUGUGGGAAGAACUUCUCCUCAGCCAGCGCUCUUUUGAUACACGAGCGCACACACACUGGGGAAAAACCUUUUGCCUGCUCCAUUUGUGGAAGGGCCUUCACCACAAAGGGAAACCUGAAGGUGCACAUGGGAACACAUAUGUGGAACAACGCUCCGGCCCGAAGGGGUCGUCGCCUGUCUGUGGAGAAUCCCAUGGCCCUGCUGGGUGGGGAUGCCAUGAAGUUCAGUGAGAUGUUCCAAAAGGAUCUGGCGGCCCGGGCCAUGAAUGUUGACCCUGGCUUUUGGAACCAGUACGCCGCUGCCAUCACCAAUGGGCUGGCCAUGAAAAACAAUGAGAUCUCUGUGAUUCAAAACGGAGGCAUCACGCAGCUGCCCGUCAGCCUUGGCGGUGCAGGAAUCACUUCGUUGGGAGCCAUGCCGGGAGGAAUGGACCGUGUUCACGCGGGUAGCAGCCCUCCCAUGACGGGUAUGGAGAAGGCUGCUCUGGAGGUUGGGCCCAACCGCCCUUUCUCCAGAUUUAUAGAGGAGAACAAAGAAAUUGGGAUCAAUUAAAAACUAUUGAAGGCAUAGACUAGAAGCCGGAUGACAAAGACAGAAACUGCAGAUCCAGUCUGACCUCGUGUGUUAUAUUAUGUAUAGAUUAAUUAUUUUCUCUGGUUUUUGGAAAUAUAGUAUUUAGUACUGAUUAGAGGUCUUUGCCUUUCACUGACACCGUCCUCAUUUGAUAUUUCACUAUAUGAAGAAUACGUUGUCUCUUGUUUGAGAAUAUGUCGUCUUGCAAGAUUUGCAUGGUACCUAUUGGUUUUCCUUAGUAUGUUUGACUGAUUUUAUGACCAGGAUUCUGCCUAGUUGACGGCAGACAAGCAUCUUACAUGGACAGGACUAAAACAGAACAAAAAAUGAGUUUGUGUAAAGACAGUCUUGCCUUUGCCUGGGAAACUUGUACAUGAAUGCCCACGGAUAUACUGAGGACUGAAAAAUAGCGUUUCUGUGCUCGCUCAAUUUUAUUUUAUUUUUUUGUUUUUAUUGAACUAGAAAACUUGAAAAAAAUGAUGUUUGAACUAUUUCAAUCUUUACAUUUAGUCUCCCAGCAUUGUCUUAUAAUAUUGUCCUGUGUCUUUAGUAUUUAUGAUAUUGACAAAAAAAGCGGGUAUACAAGAAUAUAUUUAAUGACCCAAGCAUUUUAUUGAUCCAUUUCUUUUCUAAACUGCAGGCUUCACUGGUGAAUAUCUCUUUCAAUAAAGCGAUGAAACGCUGUCCGAGCUGAACAACAGAGAAAAAAAAAAAUUUAGGUUUUAUUUGGGUACCUGUCAAGGCUGUGUAUUCUCUCCUAACACGGUGAAGAGGUUAGAGAUAUCUGAAGCUGCUAUGAACACAACCCUGCUUUUAAUCUUUGUAAAAAGAAAAGAACAAAAAUAAUAAAGUGGUCCUUUUGAAGAAAUAUCUAUGUAUAGAAAUACAGACAAAUCUAAAAACAGGUAUGCAUAUUUUGUAUCACAUGAAAAAUAGACAUCAUGAGUUGAGAGUAUUUGUCAUGUUUGUGAAUGCACUUUUUAAAAAUGAGACGUUUUUGUCUGUGAUUUACCGUUAUCCUUUUGACUGAGCUAUCUAUCACGUGCUGUUUUCCAUUGUUUCCAGCGAACCACUCCUACAGUCAGUUCUCUGUUAUUGCAUCGGUGCAGCUCAUCAGUGAGUGCAGUCAUCACCCAAUCAAAAAACCUUCUUAAAUAAAAGAAAUAACAGG